ACAAAGCCCAAAAACAAACACAGAAACAAAAACACCCACCAUUGACUCAGCUUCUUUUCUCACUAUCCCCUCACUCAUUCUAUACACUUCACCAGUUCACCUUAUCAUUAUCCCCCAAUCCCCUCAACAAUGGCGGAUGAUUCCGACGACCAACCCCCUCAAAAUGAGCAACCCCAACAACAAGAAGAAGACGAAGACUCCGUCACUGAGUCCGAACCCGAUUCCGACACCGAGUCUGAGUCCGAUUCCGACUCAGACCUCGACGACAACGGCGACAUCAAACCUCCAAAGAAACCCAAAGUAUACUACAGACGCGCCGGCGAGUAUGACGACAUAGAGGAAGGUGACUACUCGGCCGAAGCGAACAUCAAACGCUUCGCCCGCGCCUAUGCCUCCCGCCGGUACAAGCAAAAGUUGGAAGAUGAAGAGGAUAGAAUUGAGUAUGAAGAUGACAAGUUCAAUUUCCCAAGAGACAGGGAGAAUUGGAGGGAAGAAGACCUUAAGGAGCUCUGGGCUGAUGCCCCUCCUGACAUGACAAAGCCUGGUUGGGACCCGGCUUGGGCUGAUGAUGAAGAUUGGAAAGUUGUUAAGAGAGAGGUUGAACAAGGCCGUGACCCUCCAAUUGCGCCGUUUUACUUGCCGUAUCGGAAGUAUUAUCCUGCUGUUCCUAAUAAUCAUUAUGAUAUCAAAAACCCCAAGGCAGUUAUUGAGGAAUUGGAUCGUAUUGAGGAGUUUAUGAGAUGGGUUAGCUAUAUUUUUGCCGAUGGAAGCUCGUAUGAAGGCACUGUGUGGGAUGACUUGGCUCAUGGAAAAGGUGUCUAUGUUGCUGAGCAAGGUCUUGUCAGGUAUGAGGGAGAAUGGCUUCAGAACAACAUGGAAGGACACGGUGUUGUUGAAGUUGAGAUACCUGAUAUAGAACCUAUCCCAGGUUCCAAACUUGAAGCAGAAAUGCGUGCUGAAGGGAAAAUCAUAAAGAGAGAUUUCAUGAACCCAGAGGAUAGGAAAUGGCUGGAGAUGGAUAUUGAAGACAGCGUUCGUCUCACUAAUGGGAAUUAUGAAAUCCCUUUCUACGAGAACGAUGAGUGGAUACGACAAUAUGGAGAGAGGCCGGAAAAAGGCCGGUACCGUUACGCUGGUCAGUGGAAGCAUGGAAGAAUGCAUGGUUGUGGUGUGUAUGAAGUGAAUGAAAGGCCCAUCUUUGGCCGGUUCUACUUUGGUGAGAAACUGGAGGAUGAUACUGGUUGCGAUCCAGAAAUUUCCACGAUGCACGCAGGCAUAGCCGAAGUUGCUGCAGCCAAGGCUCGAAUGUUCAUUAAUAAGCCUGAUGGAAUGGUUAGAGAAGAGAGGGGUCCAUAUGGUGAUCCGCAGCAUCCCUAUUUUUAUGAGGAAGAAGAUGCGUGGCAAGCUCCAGGUUUCGUCAACCAGUUUUAUGAAGUUCCUGAUUACUGGAAAACUUAUGUGAAUGAAGUAGAUCAAGAAAGGGAAAUGUGGUUAAACUCCUUCUAUAAAGCACCAUUAAGACUCCCAAUGCCAGCAGAGCUUGAAUACUGGUGGGAAAGAGAUCUACCCCCAGAAUUUGUUCUUCUAAACAAGGAGCCAGAACCUGACCCUAAUGAUCCAUCUAAGCUCAUUUAUACUGAGGACCCUGUCAUAAUGCACACACCAACGGGGCGAAUAAUUAAUUACAUCGAGGAUGAAGAACAUGGCGUUCGCUUGUUUUGGCAACCACCUCCGGGAGAGGGUGAAGAUGUUGACCCAACAAAGGUCAAGUUCUUGCCUCUUGGGUUUGAUGAAUUUUAUGGACGAGAAAAAGUGGUGAAGAAAGAGGGUAUUUGGAUGCGUUUACUAUCUUCAAUAGAGAAUUCUUGUAAACCCUGGUUUGAGAAACUAGAAAAAUGGACUGAAGAGCAGAAGGAAGCCAGUGAAAUUAGAAAGAAGCUCUUAGAGCAGGAGCUUGAACUGGUAGAGGCUGAACUGAGCUUGGAAGAGGCCCUUGAAGACAUGGAAGAAGCGUUGAAACAACAAGAGAAGGAGGCAGAGGAGAAAGUUGACAUGGAUCCCGAGGAAGAAGAUGCGUCAGUUUCUCUUUCUUCACCUGUUGAACAGGAAGAAAAAAAAUCACCAAAGGAGGAGAUUAAAGAUGAGGAUGGGGUUGAAGAGGAAGAGGAAGAGGAAGAAGAAGAGGAUGAGGAUGAUGAUUUAGCUCCAUCAAGUUUUGGUUCUGUUACAGAUCCAAAGGAGAAGAAAACUGGUUCUGGGAGGUCUCCAUUCUCUACACUUUCAUUUGCUCCGACUGGUUUGCUUUCAACGGUACCAUCAAUGGUUGCGAAAUCUUUUUCAGUAUGGAAGAAGGAAAGAUCUCCAGUGAAAGUUGGACAGGCAUUAUGUAGCAGUUCUAAGGGUAUUAUGGAACAUUCUCAUUUGGUUACUUUUCGCCAAGCAUUUCCAGAAAAUAUGAUCUUAAGAACAAAAGGUCAGGCUGAACAGAGGCACCGGGUGAAACGAGGUAGAAAAUUGUUUGCUGCAUCCCAAACAUCCUCCUCUCAGGCUAUGUACUCCAAAAAAGGGCGUAAAUCUUGGGAGCUUCAUUGGUUAUGUGCACCACCCGAGAGAAAUUCGGACAGGAUAUUAUCCUUGCACAUACCACUUGAAUGCUUGGAUACACACAAUGGAGUUGGACAGUGCUCUGCAUCAUAAAUGAAGUUGUGUUACCAUUUUGUUGUUUUAUUUUUCAAGGCAAGAGUUUGUUAUGAGUUGGGUUCCAGAUCAUGUAUGGUUCUGGCCUCGGGAAGUAAUAGCUGAGUCUUAGAAAUUGCUCUUAUUGUUUAUUGCAUCAUUGUUUUGUAUGAAGAAAUCAUGCAAAUUUGAUAAGUUGAAUGUAAUUUUAUUUGUUGUUUUUUUAUCAGCAAAAUUCCAUAACCAUGUAUGUCAA